CAGAAUUUUCCCGCUCCACCGCAUUUUCACGGCGAAUGGAACCACCAGUUCCGCCGACAGCGAGUGCCAUAGACGAAGACGAAGAUUGGGAACUUUUCAACGACGAUGGCUUCGUUUACAAACGAAAAAAGCGAAGCCGUAUCGCCGACGCUGAAGAAACAUCGAAACCGCCGGAUCCAGAGUUAGAUCCGGUAGUAGAAGAGAGGAAUCGAAGGAUACGGAAGAAGAGAAUACUGGUGAAGCUCAAAAGAAAGUACCAGAGUGAGAUCGAGCAGUGGGAGAUUUUAUCGAACAGUUUGAAUUCUAUGCAAGUGAAAGCAGAUCGAUUUCAAUCGACGCAGCGAGAAGAGAGGUUAAAUGCGAACGAAACGAUGUCGUUUCCGGAGAAUUCUUCUUCUACAACAGAAGGAGCUCGAGAAUUUCGUGGAGAAGAUGCUUCUGCGCCGUCGUCUAUGCUCGACCAACUUCUUUUUAUGGCGGAAGCACAAGAAGCGGUAAUUAACGACGUCUCGAAGCUGUGUGAAGUAGCAGAGAACAUAUGUAGAAUAGAAGAAGAAGAGAAGAAGCAGUCCUUCUUUGAUCUUCCCAUAUGGAGCUCACCAACGGAUCUAAUGGCGUCGCUUUGUGCUGAUUAACCUCUAAAGUAAUCAUCUUUUGUGGUUUAUCUGAGCUCUCUACUUAGUUACGUUGUACAAUGCGUGUGGUUUGUGUUGCAAUUGUAGAGUUUCUGUGUUAGGCUCAAAUUAGGAGGUGUUCGGGGUUUUGAUAUAGAGAAAUGUGAAUCCAUUAAGAUAUGGUAUGGCUUGUGGAUUGGUUAUUUGGGUUCAGGUCAGUAUGUUUGUCUAAGCUCAUCAAUUAUGUAUAUUUAUUUUUGCCUUACCUCAAGAUGUUUAAGCACUAAAUAGAAUCUCUAUAAAUCAUUACUAUCUUA